AUGACUUACUUCAAAACAUUUUUCUGUAACAAAUGCAAAAAGAGAAUUAAUGUCUUUACUAAAAGAAUUACUAAGGCUAAACAUGAAAAACUGUGUCGUGGUAUUUCUCGAGGGUGUAGAGUUGUUGGUGCAUUGGUUCCUGAUCAGCUUGAUCGAAUGGAAACCGACAACAACGACAACAGUGAUCGCGGAAACGAUUCACAAAUGGAGGUAGAGCUGAUGAAUUCAGAUCAUGAUGAUAGUAUGCUGACUGAAGAUGAUUCUGAGGCAAUUGAACACCUGGAUGUUGGUACAGAAGAAAGUGAGGAAGUAGAUGAAGCCAACGAACGACAUUCAAUCGUACAGUUGCCUCCAUUUCGACUUCAGAUGUGGUACGACCCAUCUCUUGGUUUCGCAGAUUCUUCAGCCAGCGAAAAUAACCCGCCCACAAGUCAAGAAAAAAUAGAACAGUACGCUUAG